AUGGCUCGACUACGCAGAAAAUCUUGCGUGCUUCUUUUUCUCUUCGCGCUCUUCGUGCUCGGGACUCUGGUGGGAUUAAGGAGUCUGAAGCCGAGUGAUGGAUUGUCGGAUCUUGACAUUUCGCCUAUUAACGGGGAGAAAGUUGACAGGCGUGCGGUUUUCAGCGAUGUCCUGUCACCGGCCGCUCAGGAACGCGUUGUCGCAAGUAAGGCAAAAGCAGCCGGCUCAAACCCGAGUCCGGACAGAGGCGUAUCCUACGAUGUUCAUAUAUUUUACUACACAUGGUAUGGAAACCCUCAAACUGAUGAGAAAUACUUGCAUUGGGACCAUAUCCUGGUGCCACACUGGGACCCAAAAAUCGCCGCCAGUUAUCCGAAAGGAAGGCAUGUACCCCCCGAGGACAUCGGCUCGAGUUUUUACCCUGAAAUGGGGCCAUACAGCUCGAGGGAUCCGGAAGUGCUGGAGUCUCACAUGGAGCAAAUUAGCACAUCAGGGGCAGGUGUAGUUGUGCUGUCCUGGUAUCCUCCGGGUUUGGCUGAUGAUCAUGGAGAGCCUUCUGAAGAUAUGGUACCAUCAAUGCUGGAUGCUGCACUCAGGCACAAUUUAAAGGUGGCGUUUCAUAUCCAGGCCUAUAAAGGAAGGACGGAUCAUAGCUUACAUAACAACAUCAAAUACAUCAUCGACAGGUAUGGAGAUCAUGAGGCUUUCUACCGCUUCAGCAGCAGCAGUGGAAAAGUGUUACCUCUUUUUUAUAUCUAUGACUCUUACCUGACUCCAACUGAGGCUUGGGCAGAGUUGCUAACCUCAACAGGCUCUCACAACCUACGUGGAACCCCAUAUGAUGGUGUCUUCAUUGCACUGAUUGUGGAUGAGAAACACAAGCAUGACAUCCUUGCUGGAGGAUUUGAUGGAAUGUAUACAUAUUUUGCUUCUAAUGGAUUCUCCUAUGGCUCCUCACAUCAAAACUGGAAAGGCCUCAAGGCCUUUUGUAAUGGAAACAAUCUGCUUUUUGUACCAAGUGUGGGUCCUGGCUAUAUCGACACUAGUAUACGGCCCUGGAACAACCACAACACUCGGAACAGAGUAAAUGGCAGAUACUAUGAAACUGGCCUGCAAGCGGCACUGAAUGUGCAGCCUGAGAUUGUUUCAAUCACUUCCUUCAAUGAAUGGCAUGAGGGCACACAGAUUGAGAGAGCAAUGCCCAAAAAGACAUUGAGGCGUGUAUACCUGGACUACCAGCCACAUGAGCCAGAUCUUUAUUUAGAACUUACCAGAUCAUGGGUUGAGCAGUACCAUAAAGAGAAAGAGCGAUGGAUUGUUUGAUCAAGUUGGCAUAUUGGAAGAUGUUGUAUAAAUGCAUGAUAAAUGGCAAAAUUAUCAGAAAAUAAGUCAUAUAAGCUUAAUUUGCAGUUCCUCUGCUAACCUUUAAUAAACAUAUUAAAAUGUCAAAA